AUGGAUGUCAACUUCAUUGGAAAUGUAAGAAGUAUUGUAUUCGAAUCCAGCCUAGUGGUUUCUGAGGGUCAUUUAAAGGAGGUUUUAAAGAAACUUAGGCAUGAUUGCCAAGUGAUAUUUUCGGAGGGUUCACUGCCCUCCAUUCUUAAAAUUUUAGGAGAUCAUGGGCUAGAGGCAAGUAAACAUGUUUGUCUCCCUGUGUGGGGGAUGAAUUUUGACUAUAGUGAUGUGGGUAAAGUUAAGAGUUUAACACUCUACAACGAAUUUACAGCAUGGACAGAACUCAAUAAGUUCAAAGAUCUAGAAUCCUUGAAGAUAGAAUCGCCCAGAUAUGUUGAAGGCUCGUUAGGAUUAGAAUUACUCAACUUAAGAAUAGACGGAGGGACCCCCGACGUAAUUUCCCACAUCUUAACGGAACAUGUUCAACUUGAUCUUAUAAAAUCGAUGCUGCUCAAAGUACUUCCUACUAAUUGGCUAGAAUUCAGUACAAAACUAAAAGUUAUUGAAGAACUAGAGAUUGACGGUACAAUAAUGUACCUUCCCAAUAAAAAAGCUUUAAGGGAUCUCUUUUACAUCAAAGAUAUUCCAGAAACAGACUUUGAAUUGUUGAAACUAUACCCAUUAAGGACUCUCGGGUUCCAUCCCAAGGAUGGACAAUCAAAUCACCAUCCUUCCCACUAUCGGGAAUUGCUUAUUUCGAUUCCGUCGCUAUUAAAUGUGAUUAUUGGUCCAAAUCAUUUCAUGCUUAAAAAAGGUGAAUGGGUUUUACAAAAUGAACCUCUAAGCGUAACAGAAAAUUCGAUGAGAUUUUUAAAUAUUUGGACAUAA